AUGUCGGGCAUAGAACUUAAACCAUCGUUUCCCACAAGUCUUCCAUCGGCUGCUUCUGAACCUCCAUCCACUCAAGCCAUUAUCAAGGCACUUUCGCUAGAGCCUCAUAUCGAGGGAGGAUAUUUCGUUGAAACUGAUCGUGAUCCUCUUCUCAUACCUUCCCCUUUCCCUCAAACUCCAGCAUCAUCUCUUGUGCCACAGAGACCUGGCUUCGACCCGGCUCACCGCAAUGCCUCGACCUCCAUAUUCUACUACCUGACCCCUCAGUCGCCUCAAGGCAACUUUCACCGAAACCGCGGCAGGACCGUACAUACCCUACAUCGAGGCCGCGGCGUAUACGUAUUAAUACAUGCCGACGAGCCUGACCUUCCUGGCGGUGGAAAGAGAAUCGAGACGUUCACCGUCGGCCCGGAUGUUGCCAAUGGUGAGAAGCUGCAGUGGAUCGUCGAGGGAGGCAAGUUCAAAGCUAGCUUCUUACUUCCGGAUAAUGCUAGCGGUAGUGAGAAGACCAGUGGCGGACUCUUAAUAUCAGAAACGGUGGUUCCGGGCUUCGAAUUCUGCGAUCACGACUUCUUGAAUACAGAAGAGUUCCAAAAGCUAGUUAGCCCCGAGAAGACAGAAGAGUUGGCCUGGCUGGUGAGGAAAGCUUAG